GUACAUUUUAUAAUUUUUGUGCUGCAUUUAAGAGAGAAGAAAAAUAAGAGGCAAAACAAUUCAGCUUCCGCUUCCGCUUCCGCUUCCGCUUCUUGGCUUCUGCUCACAGCUCUCUCUUACUAAGUGGCCAUUGACAUCUUGCCACAGUUUUUGACAAAUCAAAAUAAGGGAUGGCAGCUUCUAUGGCGUCAAAGUUUUCUCGUGGGGGCCGGUCACUGCUGGGUGGCCUUACCAAUGGGAGUGGCUCUGGUUUACUGAAAUCUACAAGUGAGGCCAUAAGCAACCACCUCCAUGCCCAGGUGUUGCAGCAACAAAGGACUUUCAUACAGAUGAGGACAAAGCUCACUGUAGUUGAUAACUCUGGAGCUAAGCAGGUUAUGUGCAUACAAGCUCUAAAGGGAAAGAAAGGGGCGAGGUUGGGAGAUACUAUUGUGGCUUCUGUGAAAGAAGCUCGUCCUGGAGGGAAAGUGAAGAAAGGAGAUGUUGUAAGGGCUGUUGUUGUGCGAGCUGCCAUGCAACGUGGCCGUUGUGAUGGAAGUGAGGUCAAAUUUGAUGAUAACGCAGUUGUUAUUCUGAACAAGCAAGGUGAGCCUGUUGGGACCCGAGUGUUCGGCCCAGUCCCACAUGAGUUACGGAAGAAAAAGCAUCUCAAGAUUCUUACAAUGGCUCAACAUCUUGCAUGAUGAUCAUCCUGUGACUUCAGAUUCAGAUAUCUUUUUUAUCUCAGUCUAUUUCUUGUGACUUCAGACUCUUUUGUAGGACAAAUAUUAGGGUAGAUCGAUGAAUUCGUUCAGUUUUAUUUGGUGUCAACUUAUCAUAAUGGUGCCUCUUUGCAGAUUCACCAUCAUUUGGAAAAUUAAUGGGGAAAAUGGCAAUAGUUUUGGCCUGAGAUUUAGGAUUAUUACAAUACAUCUGUCUACUGCGAUCAACAUUUAAGUACUUAUUUGUUAUCGUUAAUUAUAGUAAAACAUUGCUGUAAUUUUUCCUUAUCUAUUACUAUAUACUAAAAGAGACACUAGGAAUUACACGUGUCA